AGCGGGAUCUGGUGCGUCGGCAUAAUCAGUCGCUCGAACGGUUUGCUAUUGGGUGGAUCGCACAUUGCACUGUCUGUGCCUCAAACGAGAUCAUCAUCUUCAUCAAAAUGCGUUGGCUGAAAGUUGGUUGGAUUGCUGCGGUAGUGCUCUGCACCGAAGCACUGGCCCAACAGUGUGAUGUACCGGUGGUACACUACAAAACCCUGGGCUGUACCGCGGUGGGAACCGUUGCUACGACCGGUUGCCCAGAGCGCUACGAUUGCCCGUCGCUGACGGCUCACGAUAAUGAGAAGUGUUACUUCAAUGGCAAAGCGUACGCGAUUACCGAAACCAUCCCGGACGAGCUGGUGGUCCCGUUCUGUUCCGUGCUGUGCUACUGUCGAGCCGCGAACCCGUACGCCAAAUUCCGCUGCGCUCACAUCGAUUGUCCGGAGUUUUUCCAACGGUUCGACCAUGAUAACUGCUACCGGAAGUACGAGAAGGGUAGCUGCUGUGCGGCGGGCAAGGUUUGCGGUGAGGAACGCGCGAAGCUGGCCACCUGCGAGCUGGAUCACGAAAUCUAUCACGAAGGUCAGCGAAUGUACCUGAAGGACCAACCGUGCCGUAGCUGUAUCUGCAAACCGGGCUUCAAUGCGACCGCUACCGCGACGGAUCCGAACUGCUACGAGUCGUCCUGUGGGUUCGAGCUGUUUCAGGAGAAGCAACUGUACGGUGGUGGCAUCCCGGUGUACAAAAAAGAUCGCUGCUGCCCCUGGGAAUGGCGUUUGCCGCUCGAUACGGACAAAGUGGUGAAAGCAAGUAAUCCGACGGAAUCGAAGCAGCAGUGCAAGUACGGCCAGCUGACGCUCAACGUUGGAGACUCACUGGAUUUGAGCCAGUCGCCGGAUGACGAUGAAUCGAAGCUAUCCUGUACCUGCGCCAUUCCACCGCUGGUCCACUGUAUUCUGAAUUGAACGUGAUAUCCGUUCUGGUAAUGUUCCGUCGUUUAAUAAAAACACCUUCACCCCUUUUU